UUCCCUCUGCCGGUACCUUCCCUCCUUCCCUCCCAGCGAGGCAGGUCGGGGCGUGAGGCGGCGCGGAGCGCUCUGGUGUGGCGGAGCUCGCCGCGGAGGGCUUUCUGCUUUCCUGAAUCCAGCAGAGGAUCAAGGCCAGCAAGAAGAGAGGGGUGGAAGAAGGCACUUACAGAAGAUACCACAUUUGCACUGGUGCUGUGAGCUGCUUUAGUGGUGAGAGGAACUCGCUGAUCCAGGAAGAUGCGUGAAUAUACGGAAAAGAAGGAAACAUGCGGAACCAUCUGUCUCAAAUACCUGCUCUUCAUCUUCAACUUCUUUUUCUGGCUGGCUGGUGGGGCUGUGAUGGCAGUAGGUGCCUGGACCCUAGCUGAGAAGAGUGACUACAUCAGCCUGCUUUCCUCCAGCACGUAUUCUGCAACGGCUUAUAUUCUGGUGGUGGCUGGGGUGGUUGUGAUGGUUACUGGCAUCCUUGGUUGCUGUGCCACCUUCAAAGAGCGUCGGAAUUUGCUAAGAGUGUACUUCAUAUUGUUGCUGUGCAUCUUCCUCCUGGAGAUCAUUGCUGGAAUUCUGGCCUAUAUCUACUACCAACAGCUGAGCAUGGAACUGAAGCAAAAUUUGAAGAACACCAUGACCCAGAAGUACCGGAAGGAGGGAGAAGAAAGUGUUACCAGUGCAGUAGACAAAUUGCAGCAGGAAUUCAAGUGCUGUGGGAGCAACAAUUACACAGACUGGGCUGACAGCCUGUGGAUCAGAUCUCCAGAGGCCAGUGGACGGAAAGUCCCAGACAGCUGCUGUAAGACGAUAACUGACCUGUGUGGCCGAAGAGACCAUCCUUCCAACAUCUACAAGGAGAGCGGUUGCAUUACCAAGCUGGAAAACUUCAUUCAAGAGCAUCUGAAAAUUAUCGGGGCAGUGGGGAUCAGCAUUGCUUGCGUGCAGAUCUUUGGGAUGAUUUUCACCUGCUGCUUGUACAAGAGUUUAAAGUCAGAACCAUAUUAGUAGCUGCGGGAACUCUGUUGCUUCCCCUCUGCCUCUUCCCUUAGUGCCUGCCAACCUGACCACUCUCCUCCACCACCACCACAGAAGUGUCUGUAAACCUGAGGACUGGCUCUGUAAUUAAAUGCCUUUCAAACCACGCAGCGCCUUACAUGCCCCUUUGGGGGAAGGUUACUCUCCUUGUUAUGUAGAAGGCAGCUAGGAGUUCAGCUGGUCCUCUUCACUAUCAAGAAACAAAAGAGCUGUGGAUCUUCUGCUAGAAGCUUUAGCGAAACAGUGCCUUGAUACAACUAUGAAGCAAGAUUUAUCCAGGGCCAUUUCUCUUGAGGUUUUUUGUGAGUCAGCAUGAAGGUAUCAGGAUGCUAUACAACAACCAUGGUUUUCUCUCUGAGAAGUGGCUCAGCAGCACCAGCCAUUGACUGUGAGGACAGAUGAUGUUUCUGUGCUGAGCUGGAGCCAGAGCUGAGUGUCUCAUACAUGGAAGAUUUCUCUCCCUCCUCCCAAGCAUGCACCAAUGUCCUUGGCUGUUCUCCACCUGAGAAGAUGCCUGCCUGGUUGCCUGGGGCAGGAGCUACUCUUCCUCCUGACUGGGAGCACAACUUGGUGCAGUUGAAAUCUUGUCAUGACUGGUGUUGCCAAGAUGUGGGUGCCUUAGGACUUCUCAGCAAUCCUUCCUCCUCUUCCUUGAAGCUUCCCCCAGCACAGUGCCAUUAAGAGCCAUGAGAAGUCUUUUGCCUCCUAGUGAUUCUGGAGCUAAGAUGAUGGACUAUUGUCUAAUUCUUAUGGGUCUAGUCUGUUUUACUGAGUGGCUUCCAGUAUGAGUGAGAGAACUUCUCUUUCCUCCUACCUAUCCCCUGCUGAGGUUUGGUGAAGAACUGGUCUGUUUCGGGAGCUGGCAUGUAUUGCUACCCUUUGGCCUGUUCAGUUAGUGGAAACGCAUUCUCGUAUCUCUUAAAUGCUGAGAGAUGCCCUUGGCUUGAUUUUUCUAAUUAAAACUUCCAGGCUUGUCUCUCUUGUGCAGGAAAUUAAUAUAUACAAAUGUUUCAUCAGCCUCCAAAGAGCUCAUUAAUCAGUUGAGGGUCUUCUGGCUUUAAUGGGAUCUGGAAGCCCACUUGACUGGUCACUGCUGACAAGGUAGGAGAGUUGACAUCAGCCACUUGCCCCAGUGCACUUGGUAAAUUUGCAGUGCUGGGUUAACUGUCUGUUAAUAGAUUUUAAUUAAUUAUUCUCUCUGUACUGGGAUUCUGGAUACCUACAGGACAUAGACAUCACCACUGCCGUGGACUUUGUGCCAUCAUGAUGCCAACAGGGUCUUAGCAUGUCACAGGAUCUUGUGUGCCUCUUGUCUUGCCCUCACCUUUGUUUUAGCCCAUGAAGCAGAAAGAGCUGUGGGGCUUUGGUGUUUCUAAGCCGUGAAGACAAGCCCUUUUAUAAAUGGCCUGGCCUUUUAGUGGUGCUGGCUGAGCCCUGACUCUUGGCAGCCGGCAGCUAACAUGAGCAAAAUCAUCCAGAAGCCUAAAGGGUCUUGCAGUAUUGUGGGGUUUUUAGUUCACAGAGCAGAGAUCUUGAACUAACACUAAAGGGUGACAAGUUAAAAUUCAGAGCAGAUCAAUCUGAAACUCCCCCAUCAUCAGCCCCAUGAAAGAAUCCUUAACAAAUGCAGAAAGAGAGGGGGAAGAACUGAUGCGUAUCCUUGGUUCCACAGCAGAAGGAAAGAGGAGAAAGAAAUCUAAAUUAUUGUAUAAUGAUCUAAAGGAGAAAACUCUAUUUCUUGUUUUAUAAUCAAGUUCCUGAUAAGUAUUGACUACUAACUAAGAGGAAAACAUUGAGCAUGUUGCUUGAGGCAAUAUUUCUAGUUUCUUAAGCAUAUCUUCACAGCUGCCUUUGCCCAUUCCCUUCACAUACAUUGUACAGGGUUGGGAGAGGCCAGAAAGAAUGAGAUAUGAACAGUUAAGCUGGCUUGUGUCCAUUGAGUUGUUUUAUACUUUUUCUCUGUGUAAUAAUAUUCACUGCUUUUUUUUUUUUUUUAACCAGUUUAUGUUGCUGGCCAAUAGAAAAAUAAAGCUUAAGAUUCUGUACUUA